UUCAUAAAAUCAUUAUUUUAUAAUUAUAUUAUUGUAGGAGUUUAUAAGUGCCGCUGAUACUCGACGCAGGCUACAUAAGUACGUCUAUUGCCUUAUCUACCAGUGAUAAACAUAAAACUUUACGUAAAAUCUACCAAUGAAACGUUUAUAUUUGUUGCGUUUGCUACUAAUGCGAUACUGCGUGUACUAAGUGACGAAUCAAAGUUUCGAAGGACUAACAUUAGAGAGGUACAGCAGUACACAGUACGGUGCACAGCACAAUGGAUGUGUUCACCGAUGAAGACAUUGAACAAUUAAUAGAUUUGGUGUCCAAACAACGUGAUCUCUACGAUCCGACUACCCGGGAGUUUAAAAGUAUUCACAGACGACAGGCGAUCUGGCUAGAUAUAGCUAAUACUUUAAACAAAGACAGCGCGGCUUGCAAAAUACAAUGGAAGAAAUUAAGAGAUAGGUAUCGGCAUUUCAAGAAAACUAAUAUAGUCAUUACCGAUAGCUCGCCUGCAAAAUGGAAACAAUGCCAGUUGAUGACGUUCUUAGACAUUGAUAAACAAAAAGUCAGUGCUCGGAAUACUGACACGGCCACAAGCAACGCGUGUUCCGCGUCAGACUCCGACAGAAACGGGCAAACCUGUACUUACGUUCCACCGAACGAACCUAGCACUUCUCGUACAAGAAACAUUGAGGACUUCAAAGAGGUUUUACAAAUUUAUAAACAUAUAAUAACGACAAAACAAAAGUUCCAUGCCAAUUCCGACGGUCAUUUGAGACCUCAAAAAGAAGAAAAGGAAGUAAUUAACGAUGAAUUCAGCUCAUUUACGUUACACAUACGAGAUGUUUUAAGAAAAUUACCUCAACCUUUACAAAUCAAUGCUAAAAAUGAAAUAUUCCAAGUCCUAAGUAAAUAUGAGGCUCUGGCCUGUGACAGUAGCAGUUCUGACAUGAGUGUCAGUAAUAAUACGAGUACUUGCAGCACGCCUUUACCUGAUUUAUCUUGGAAGGAAAUGAAUUCUUUUCGCCAUCCACAACCAGUACAGAGUGAAGAGAACCAAAUACAAUGGGGAUAUGAUUCUGGUAUAAAUUUUAAUGAUUUAAUUAAAAUGACCCAUGAAUAACUACAUAAAUAAUUCUUCGCUUCUAUUUAUAAAGGAUUACAGAUUAAGUAUCUUUUCUAUGUAUGGAUUACCGCUUUUCAAAUACGAAAGAAGAGGCGAAGAAAUUGUAAAUUGAUUUUUAUAUAAAUAAAUAAUCAUAAAAUA